CUUGAGCAACUAGAAAUUGAUUGAUUUCGGUAGCGGAUUGACAAUAUAUAGGUGUAAAGAAAAUUGGGUGCAAGAUGCGCUAUUUGUAUUUCAACGUGCUCGUAGAACAUACAACGUUUAUUUGAGAAAGAUCAGAGUAAUUUCAUGUGACUUUGAAUCCAUCAGUCAGAAUAAGACUUUUAGUGUAAUCAUAAUUUAGCGCCUCACAGUUUCGUACGUUAUUGGAACAUCAAUAAAGAAGACAAUCAAAUAAAAAAGCAGAAUAUUUAGUCCGGUUUCGAGUUCUGGCAGAAUAUGAAAAUUAAUAAAUUUUGGUGUAGUGGGUGAAAAAAGACCGAUGCCAUCAGUUACGCUAACUGUUUUGGCGAGUCUUAGCUAUCACGCUGGGUAAUACAACUACAAGACAGCCAUGGUGAUUACCUUAGCCUAAAGUGCCAGACGGCCGCAGGUACACUGUUGGAAUAUAAUUAUUGGGAAAGUUGAAAUAUGCUAGGCGUUUUGAUAAAGUAACAUUCGCAAGGAAGCGUUUGACAGAUUAAACCUAAUUUAACUUGUUAAAUUAUAUACAUGAACUUGCUUGGGGCAAUGUUAUAUUAGACCCUGAUUCCAUUGCUGUUUAUCAAAGUCGAUGUAAUCAAACUAUCAGUGUUACCUGUAUACCGUUACAGAAAUCAUUCUAAACUAUCAAAACAAAACGAUAUGCGUGUAAAAAAGGGGUAACGAACAACCUUAAUUUUUGUGCUAGAUAAAGCAUAACCGAUAACAUAAAUUAAUGACGACUUAGUCACUCUGCCUGAGUGUAUAAGACUGUGUUGUCUUUUCGUAUAUCUCACUUUUGCCGACAACAUGGCGGUGGCAGGGAGGGAUAAAUGCACUUGGAGUUCUCAGUCGCUAUUUAAAAAUACAUAAUAUACCGCAUAUAUGACUGGCCUGAUAAUUCUUUCCCAUGCGCAAGCGUUAGUUAGGGACCAGAAACAAAAGUAGCUGUAUAUCAUCGUUGAUUGGACAAAAAUUUAAGUUAAGUCUGAUCUCUCGAUUCUAUAAUUUGUUCUAUUUAUUUUAUUUUUAUCAAUUAUUUUAUCGUCUAUUACUCUAUUAUGCUGAUUAUGAAGUUGAAAUGAACUUGUACGUAUAUAUACUUGAUAGAAGUGUAAUGUUUAUGGUUGAUUUAUGAAAAGUUUGGUAAAUUUUACACAUGGUUCUGAAAACGAAGCUGUCAAAGGUUCCGAAAUGAGCGUAAUGGAUUUAUCCAGUGUUUGUUCUUUCCGCAUAAUCACGAAGAUGUUUUAUUGUAAUUGACCUAUGUUUGAUCUAUUAGUUUAAAUAGUCUGCUCAAUAAUCCAAACACAAAUAUAGACUUUAAUUUAGUAAUAAAAUUGUGUUUCUUUGUUAAUAGUUUAUCAUAGUGACCUUCAUCACUGUAAUAAAAUCAACGUAACGGCAAGGUUGCAAAGACACUGACUGGAAUAUAUUAUUUGUCGUCGGAAAAUCUUCAAUAUGGGAAUACAACAAAAAGAAUUCAAAGAAUACAUUCGUGUAAACGUUGGGGAUCCCAGAAUUAUUGAAAAUGCCGAUUCGUCGAAUAAGCACACAGUUUAUGAAGUGGAACUAGACACUAACAGUCUUUCUUUCACCCAUCAACAUUCAAGUGUGUGUAGAAGAUAUUCAGAAUUCGUUUGGCUGCGGAACAGAUUGCUCAGAAUGCCAUGCACACCCCGCCCACCACGUCUACCUAUGAAAUCGUUUCCGUGGAAUUUUAACGCGAAGUUUUUGAAUAAAAGAAAACUUCAGCUCCAGCAGUUCAUUUCAAGAGUCUUGGAGGAAACUUUGUUUAUAUCAUGCAGCGCAUUACACUUGUUCCUUCAAACAAAUUUGAAGCCAAAAAAAAUGGAUUUAUGCAUUGAAAAUGGGAAAAUAAAUCAAGCGAUCAUGGCAUCGGAUUGCGUCACACCUAACAACUUAAUCCACAAAAUAAAUAAAAACUGUGAAAGUCAAUACACCUGCACACUGUUUACAUCUAUUACAUGGAAAGUUGAUAACAACACCAAAGUGAAUGUAAACACUGUAACGACGCCUGUAGUCGAAAAAAUUGAUAAAGCAACCCAGUGCACGGAAGAUACGGGAAUAUGCACCGAAGAUUAUGACAAUUUGCAAAAAAUUAUCUGUGUACUGCAAAGAGAAUUUUACUCAAAAAUGAGUCUUGAAUUUUUUUUGAAAUAUUAUGGAAAGUUAUAGAAAAAAGAGAAGGCUUUCAACAUAAGAUGGUUUUUCGAUUUUGCACUUCUGUUGCACCGAAUUCUUGAACACUUCUAAGAUAGAGCAAGAGCCACAGAAGCUUUUUAUUGGCCCAACCAGUAGACGGCCUUUUCCUUUCAAUAUCUAGUCAUUGGAUGAAUUGAUUUAAACAAUAAUUACGUCCCCGAAAUAUGAAUUCAUUAAUCAGAUAAAUAUUUGUUAUAUAUAUAUAUAUUUUAUAUAAUCAUAGUAGAAUGUUCAGCUUGUGACCUAUUUUAUUUUGUUUUGUUUUCUUCAGAGGCCUUUGUUGAAUUAUUUUUUUUAUCAUAUAUACAACUGUUUUUUGUUUUUAUGAAAUGAAAUAAACGUAUUUUCUUGUAUUGAA